CAGUGAUUGGUUUUCAUCUGUGACAGAUUCUGGCCAAUAGACGACGAGCACUCUCUAUUAAACUCUGAUUCUAACGUCUAUUAUAUACAUUUCCCGUUUGUAGUAGCUACUGCGUGAGCUCCAAAAAUGAGUGGAAGAGGCAAAACCGGCGGUAAGGCCAGAGCCAAGGCUAAGACCCGUUCCUCCAGGGCAGGACUUCAGUUCCCCGUCGGUCGUGUUCACAGACUCCUCCGCAAAGGGAACUACGCCGAGCGCGUCGGUGCCGGUGCUCCGGUGUAUCUGGCCGCUGUACUCGAGUACCUGACUGCUGAGAUCCUGGAGCUGGCUGGAAACGCCGCUCGGGACAACAAGAAGACCCGUAUCAUCCCCCGUCACCUGCAGCUGGCGGUGCGUAACGACGAGGAGCUCAACAAACUCCUGGGCGGAGUGACCAUCGCGCAGGGCGGCGUGCUGCCCAACAUCCAGGCCGUGCUGCUGCCCAAGAAGACCGAGAAGCCCGCCAAGACCAAAUAAACAGAGGAAUAAAUAACUCCCAAAGGCUCUUUUAAGAGCCACCUACUUUCUCGAGAAGAGCGAUUUUGUAUUUGUAUUUAAAAAAACAAACAAACAAAAAAACCCUGAAUUAGUGAUGGGAUUUAUGGCUCUUUGAGGGGAUCCGGAUCUUCGCGAUCCGUUCCUUUCAAAGAGCCGUUC